AUGCAGAGCAGUAGGCUGCUAACUAUUUUUGGGUUUUACGACUCAACGCAGUGCCAAUAUAUGAUGUCGCAAGCGUCUAUCGAUCACAGUGCUAGUCUUGCCUCUGCGCCAGACAUGCAGUUAUCACACACACACACAUAUACAUAUAUAUUUGCGUAAGCUAUUUGCAGCUGUAGUUGGCUACCUUGAAGACGGCAUUUAAUACUCUAUUAUCCUCACUAGGCGAGCACAGGUGAGUUAACGCGAAAUGUCUGGAUUUCUAGUUAGUAUCUCAAUGUGCCCAUUUAGCCUGAUUUUAUGAUACGUUUAAGAGCUAGUCAGGUAGCUGUUAACGUUAGCACUACGUUUCAAAUAGAUUAAGUUGACUUAAGUCAACGGACAAAUACUGCAGUAGAUUUGCUAACUCAUGAAAUGUUACCCGAAAAUCUGAAAUGAGUUUUCGAUUCGAAAACAUUACUAAAGUUGGGUUGUAAUAUUAAUCAUCGUGCAGCAUAAGCCCAUAAUAAUUCAGUUACAGUAGGAUGUUGGCUUUUGAAUGAACACCUUUCCGGCCGCCUGCAAAAACUACACUCUGCAAAAAAUGACUACUUAAUUGACAUGCAAUUUUCUCAUUGAUUGUCGAUGCCUUUGAAUGUCCAGUUAUAUUUCAUGGAAAGCAUGCAUGAAAAUAUUCAUUCUUUCGCUCAUUCGGUAAAUAAUUACGUCUUUUUCGAAUUUUAUAUUCGAAAGGAGAGUAUAAUUUGGCUUCAGAAAGUUUCUCAUUGUGCGACCACUUAAACAGUAUGCAUUCUUCUCAUGGACUUUCAAUGUCCUUAAAAGUUUAAAUAUAUGUCACAGAAGACAUGCAUAAAAGUAUUCGCUCUGUCACUAAGUUGGUAGAAAAUCGCGCCUUCUAUUUACAUUUUACAUGACUAAGGGGUAUGAUUCUAUUUUAAAAAGUCUUUAAUAAUGAGGUUUUUUUGUCUCUACAUUUAUUAAUGUUGCAACGGGCAAGUACUGCAGUAGAUUUGCUAACUCAUGAAAUGCUAAAAUGCGUUUUCGAUUCGAAAAGAUUACUUAAGUUGGGUUGUAAUAUUAAUCAUAGGGCAGCAUAAUCCUAUAAUAAUUCAUUUACAUUAGGAUGCUGGCUUUUGAAUGAACUCCUUUCCGGCCGCCUGUAAAAACUACACCCCGUAAAAAACGACCACUUAAACAAUAUGCAUUUUCUCAUUGAUUUUCGAUGCCCUUAAAAGUUUUAAUAUAUUUCACAGAAGACAUGUAUAAGAGUAUUCACUCUCUUACUCAUUUGGUAGAAAAUCACGUCUUCUUUCUACUUUUUACUUGAACAAAGGGUAUGAUUCUGUUUUAAAAAGUCUUUAAUUAUGAGAUAUUUAUGACUGCGAAGUGCCCCUACAUUAACUAAUGUUGCUUGUAAAUUUUACAAUACUGCUCAAAUUAACUGCCAAAAAUUUAUGAACCCCAUAUGGUCUACUACUUAAAUUGCUUAAGAAUGCAUGAUUUUCCGUACAAUGAAAAUACACAGUUUGUAGUUUGGAAACUCUGAAGGCAGUUCUAACAGCAGGAUGUGCUAAAAAUUAUUUACGAGCUGGAAAAGUGCUCUAAAACCGAAUAGUACCUCACCUUUAAGUAAAAAAUUAGAAAAUUGCGUUAUUGUUUACCAAACGGUAAAAAGUAAAUACUUUUAUGCAUUUUUGUCUAUGAAAUGUACUUGAGUUUAUAAGUGCACCGAAAAUGAGUAAGAAAAAUGCAUGCUAAUUAAGUAGCUAUUUUUUACAGAGUGUGGUUUUUGCAGACGACUGGUGAAAAGUUCGUUCAAGAGCUGGCAUUUUAAACUAACUGAAUUAUCAUGGGGUUAUGCUGCAAGGCGAUUAAUAUUACAACCCUUCUUAAGAAAUCUUUUCGAGUCGAAAAAGCAUUACCGAAUUUCGGUUAACAUUGCAUGAGUUAACACAUCUCCUGUACUGGCAGAGACUUGAAAGUUUGUCUUAACUUCCAUCCAUAUUGACCCCACUGUGAAAAACUCGGCGCCUCGGUGGGAUUCGAACCCACCCAGUAAGGGUAAGGCCGGACGACGCGAGUUUAAUCACAUUCGCGUCGUCCGGCGGGGCCUCGUAGCUCAGGUGGUUAGAGCAUUGGCUGCGCUAAAGCCUUCCCCUUACUGCGUGGGUUCGAAUCCCACCGAGGCGCCGAGUUUUUCACAGUUGGGUCAAUAUGAAUUAUUCAAAAUCUGCCAAAAUAUCAAUGAAUUAACCAGGAAUGUCCCAGUUCAUGGCAGGCAAGACCUGACAUAUAUCAAGUUGGACCACCGCAAACCCUCUGGCAGAUACAGGAGGAACCAUUCAAAUGCUCUUGAGAACAGCGUUCGAAUACCUGACGCGAUUUCGGAACUGAAUAUAGUAUUCCUUUGUUUUCGUGCAGCGCCUGUCUAGAGCCUUUGGAGUGGUGUCGAAUUUAUCAUAAAAGCAACGUGGGCUAAUAUCAGCGUAUAUAUUUCAUGUUAAUGCCGCGCCAGUGAGAAGGAACGCAUAAAAUGUACUUUAUGCGGGAAUCCUGGAUUUGUAAACAAUUAAAUUUAUCCUAGUACCUAACUGGAAGUCACUUCGGAAGCAACUUUGCCUUGCCACGUUGUAGGAGCUGUGAACAAACCUGGAUAAACCCUCUUAUACCUGUGUGUCUCUUCAUGUAACCCCUGAAAUUAAAAGUGAUUUUCGUUUUCUUUUAGAAUGGCUUACUUUGGAAGGCAGUAAGUGUUGCCUUUGUUUGACUUAAGUAUUGUAUCUGACCAGCUCAAUAGGUUGGGUGCUGUGAACAAGUAUUUCCUUUUAAAAACGAUCAGAAGUCUUCCCGAAAAGUCUGCCAAUAUAACAGUGGAAACAAAAUGUACUCACUAAAGUCGUGUCAAAGCACUUUUAGGCCACAGUACUUCGAUAUCGAGGCCUAACGACUAAAAAUAUGUAGACUGCACAGCAUUCCAUAGGGCCUGGUCUUUCAACUAGUAACUUUUCUUCAACUGAAACCGCAUUGGCUCUCAGAAAAGUUGGCUUUGAUGGGAUGCCUUUGCUUUCUUGACUGUGCGCCGAUUACCGUGAAAUUAAGGGACACAGAUUCCGUCACAUGACCAGCGUCCGACUAACUGACCUUGAACUUGGCAUCCUCGAAGAGUUCGCCGUUGCAUCCAAUGAUGGUCUCGUUAAACCAAACAUUCCUACGCAAUGCAGCGCCUAUGACUCCAGACGGCAUUCACUUUAUCUGCUGUAAAUACUUAUUCUCCAAGUCUAGGCGUCUGAUUUGCAUUUCCAACAUAAACGGACUGGCUUCUGCUUGUUAGUCGUGAUUUACUACGAAAUUGUAAUAAGUAGAAAGUGUUUAUUUGGCCACUCAAUCGAAAAUGCUUCCGUCAGUCGGCCAUACACAGCUCGGACAUAUAAAGUUCUCGAAUCACGGCUACUUUGUUUUAUCCUUCGCCGCAGGGCGCUGCUAACAGAUUGGCACAUGAUGCACUUCUAAAUUCCAUGUCAAUUGACUUCAAUUCUAGUGACAGAUCGAUUCCUGUGAGCCAAUUCGCAUCCUUCAUGCAGUGUGAAAAGGCGGAGAAAUAUAAAAACCUGCAAAGUCAAUAUGCGGUAAGCGAGAAUUCAAUAAUUCUUGUUAUUUUACAAAGCGCUGGUUGAUUGCUAAUGUUGUUUCGAAAUGCCCUCCAGACAAGCAUUCUUCUGUAAGGAUAAAUCACAUCAAGGGCAGAUUAUCGUAAGGCUAAUGGACACGGUUGACAGGCGUCAGGUCUGUGUCCCAAACGGGGCACGUGGUAGAUGUGCUGGACCAAUACGGGGGCCACAUCAGAUCCCGGCAGGCGUUAUCGGAUUUGCGCAUCAUAACAAACGCCAACAUUUCGGGGUGCCGUGGCAGACCCGGAUGUCGGCGUACGUCGCGUGAACUGGACCCCUGCCACUCCCCCAUUGGUGUUGUUGGUUAAAAAUCUGGUUGUUUGUUGUGUGGACCAGGGGGUGUGGAGUGGAACGUCAAGGUGCAGACGCGACCGUGCCAUCCACCUGCGCCCUCCCCGCCUCCGGUUUUCUUGACUCUGUCUUGACACCGGACGCAGGUGGGGGAGGAGAGAGUGCGACAGAUGCAUCGCAAGUCUACUAUCAUUGUAAACUUAAUUUUCGAACAAGUCACCGUCCCUGACCCCACCCUUCUUUGGAGCACACGGUAGACAUCGUCGGAUGCGACGGUCGAACUAUCGUGUGUGUGAGGGUGUGUGUUUAUAUGUGUCAUUUGUGUGUGAACCAGGGGGUGUGGUUGAACGCCAAGGUGAGGAUCCGUCCGAGCCAUCCUCCUGAGACCUCCCUCGUCUCCGGUCUUCUUGACUCGGUCUUGACACCGGGCUCAGGCGGGGGAGGAGGAGAGAGUGUAGGUAGAUGCAGCGCAAGUUUAUUGGCACUACAAACCCCUGCGCAAGUCACCGUCCCUGCUCCCACCGCUGCUACAGCUGUGGGGCACACGGUGGACAUCGUCGAAAUCGACGGUCGAACUGUCGUUUGUGUGUGAGUGUUGUGCUCUUAAAUGAGCCACUUGGUAGAUGCGCUGUACGAACACAGGGGCUAGUAAAAGAAUACCUUUUUGAGAGAGAUGAAUUCAGUGAUUUCCUGCUGUCUUUAAGGAUUGGCUAGAGACAAUCAGUCGAAUGCCCCCAGUCGACGUAAUUAUUCCGCCAGGCUAUUUGAAUAUCUACACUUCGAAAUAACAAGAUGCAAACUGUUUUAGUCAAAUGACUUCAAAAGCAGACUCAAACCCCCUUUAUUGCAUGAAAUAAAUCCGAAGUUGUUAGAAGCAGUCUGCUCCCAAAGAGAAAGGGGACGGACGAACGGGCUCCUAAACUGAAUCGGCCUCCACCAAUGAACGUCUACCAGCAACAGCGUGUGUCCGGCAGGCGUUAUCGGGAUUGCGCAAUCAUAACAAAUGUGGGGUGUGUUGACAGGCCCUGUUGUCGAUUCACGCCAAGCCGAUUGAGAUCCGCGUCUCUCCGCUAUGUUUGCUGUGGUAAAAAAUCUUGCUCAGUGUACUUUGUGGAUCAGGGAGUGGGGCGGUACGCCUAGGUGCGCGAUUUCGCAGUUCCAGCCAUCUGCGCACUCUCCCCCCUUCCGUCUUCUCAGCUCUGCCAUGACGCCGGAUCGAGAUCGAGGAGGAGGGGGAGAAGAAGAAGAAGAAGGACGAGGACGAGGAGAGAAUGCGGUAGACGCCGUGCAAGUCUGCUGUCGCUUUGGACUAACUAACACGCAGGUCAACGUUUCUGCUCUUACUGUGUUAUGGAGCACACGGUGGAGAUCAAUAGAAGCGAAGAGACGAGUCCCAGGAGGUAGUCUUGAAGAAGGAAACACGAUCAUUGGGACAAGAGAUUUAUUAGCCUGACGUUUCAGAUUCCUGCACGAACCCAUCAUCAGAGACAAAAGCAGAUACGGGUGAUUCAUGAACAAGGGGCUGCAGUAUUUAUAGGAUGCAGUCGCCAUGCUACCGCAUAGCUACGACAAUUCACGGCCCCCCCCUUCAUCCGGGAUCGUAGCCCUUGGUGUGAUAAUUGCUUGAUGGCCGACAUUCGCUUCGUUAAUUGCUGCAAAGCCAUCACGUGCGCUAGAUGUUGGUGUGAUGACUGUUCGACCAUCUGACACACUGAUCCUGGAGUUGGGAAAAGUUUACACUUGUGCGCCUCCCGCGUGGCUAAUUUUUCCACCUAGGCGAAGUCUCAGCACCGUGCAUGAAAGAGGAAGGUCAUUGCACUUGUUAAUGGACUGGAGGCCAGUAAACCAUGACUCAAGCAGCUCCCGGCUCACACGGUUGUCUUCUCUCGCGAGAAUUUCGGCCUCAUCGAAUUGGAAUGUGUGGCCGGAUCUCGUCGAAUGAGCCGCGACUUGAGAGCUGGAGUCAUUUCUCCGUAUUGUCGCCGCAUGUUCAGCCACUCGCGUUCAGAGCUGUCUUCCGAUUUCUCCGACGUAAUUGCUCUGUCUGCAACUGCGCCAGCUCCGACAAACGACUCCAGACGUUUAUAGCCGUGGCAGCGGGUCUUUCGGCUUCAUUACUGGACGCCUGACCGGAGGCAAUCACACGGUGGAGAUCGCCGGUCACGACGGUUGUGGGUGUGCAGCUCGUCGGCCUCAGCACCGGUCUUACUUUGAAAGCUAUGACACAGCUUACUUCGCUGCCUGGUCUUAUUAUUGCUCAAAUUUGGACGUUUUGUUGUCACAACUGCUCUGUCACGUCUUCUGAGCCAGUGUGAUGCGGCCGACUGCUACACACUCAGGUUCCCUUAACUUGUGCCAUUUGGGUCUACAUAGCAGACGAUGACGCUGGUUGUAUAUGAGGUGAAAGCAAAUUGUCAUUUGAGAAUUCGAGCCCCAGUGCAGCCGAUUUAAAGUUCAAGGUUGUGACACAGAAGUAAACAUCCCCCAAGGCAACCUGUACCUAUUUCCACGCACACCCUUUAGUCUUAUUAAAAACAGUGAAAACGUCACGUCCCUCUGAUAGAUUGAUUAGAGGGGCUAGAGAUCGCAUCACUAAUUUGUGUUGAGGUGACAAGUGUGUGUGUCAUUCAGCCUUCAUAGGUGAUGAUGCAUACCAUGCAAGCCAUCCUAUAUUUCGGGAUGCACGCAGUUGUGAUUAUUGUUAUAUUUAAAAUUAGAGCAACAAGUUAAUUUUAUUUGUCGUGAGGCCCACUCAGUCGCUACAUCGAACCACAUCCGGUCUGCGCGGAAUUUAGUCGUUUUCCAACAUUAAGACAGGGCACAAUGGGCGGCCAAAAACCAUCGACCGAGACUCCAGUGCUCCGGCGACAGUUAAAAGAACAAGUUAAGCCGACAAGAACGUGCAGAUGGGCCAUGCCUCUGUGCGACUGUUGUCUAAUACAGGCUUCCACUGCUCAAAUAGGCUGAAUGUGCAUGUGUCUGUUAACACUAUACGGCAGGAGUCGGUAUUUUAUAAAAAGCGCUAUUUGCUUCCCAAAGGGUUACUCUAGGUCAUUUCAAUACGUGCCAGAUUGAACCGUCAGGAAUAUUACGGCAGAUUCCUUAGGCAAUACAUUAUUGCCGACAAAGGCAAGGCAGACUGGGAUGGUCAUUUCUGCCUUAUUAGCCGUCCCACAACUCGAAUCCGCCGUGCGGCUGCUGUUUGGGCUCGAGGGAGAGAGAGUCCACAAGGCAAAACGGAACGUGCAAGUUCUGUAAGAACGAUCGGUGAGCGCCCCCUACCAUUGUAUAUUCCCGAUUGAAAACCGACAGGGCAACGGGCUCGUGGUUCAGUGAUUAGAGGCGUGGACUUCUAACUAACAGGUCACGAGUUCGAGCCUCGGGUGUUCCACACUUCGGGGUUGGGUAUGACUGGCUGACGACGGCUUAUAAGCCAGAAAUGGCCAUUCCAGUCUCCCUUGUCUUUGUCGGUAAUGCCAUUCUGCCUAUGUAUCAUGCGCCGCUGUGCGGCUGUUGGUUGGGCUCGAAAGAGAGCACAAAAGGCACAGGGGAACGAGUGAGUUCCGUAAGAACGAUCGGUGAGCGUCCCCUAACAUAGCAGAUUCCUUCCCAAACGCAGGCAGUUUGCGCAUUUUGGCAACACUGGUUGUCUUAUUUCCCGCCUCAAUAGUUUUUACAAGGAUGCACGGACAACCUUAGUGGUGGAAAUAAUGCAAUGAAAAAUGUGCACAGCAAUGAAAGUGGACUUUUGCAAUUUAAGGGCUUUUUGUCUUGAAAAUAAAUACGAGGAAUUGCAGGAUAGCUGGGAAAAGCUGUUACCGACCUGCUACUGCAUUUUAGGCUCUGCUCCAUACUGAAAUAUCGCGCUCUCUCUGUCUGUCUGGAAACCCGAUUUAACAAAACAUAAACUGAUUUAAAAGGAAUACAAUCAGGAUACUUCUAGUGAUAAAACAAAGUGUCCUUUUCAUUUGAAGGCUCCGAUAAAAUAAUUAUUCUCCUUUUCUACUUAGCACCUGGAAAAACAAACAGAGAAUGAACGCCUCAAAAGCGAUCGAACGUGCCUGGCUGCAUGCCUUCUCCAAAAUGCAGAACGCAAUAAAUACAAGAAAAUGGGGCCAUGUGAGUCGAGAAAUGAAUCCUAAUUGAACCUUUUUUAGGGUUAGGAACCGGGAUGUAAGAUGUUUUCUAAACAAAAUUUUGCAACGACAGUAUUUAGUGGAUUUUUAAUGGACCAUGGCAUAACGAUUAAUCGACAAUGAAAUGGCAAGUUGAACACAAACGUCAGGCUGAUGAUGGUCGCCAUGGCUUCGGACUUCAGACUGAUGGAAUCACCUCCUGCUUACCCAACACCGUGUUUUGUUCACUGAUAAUUUAUGCGAACGAUUACAAAAAUGUGAAAAUCCUCGGACGGCAUAUUUUGGUGCACGCCAGUCUCAUGUUGCCAGCCAACCUAUCCCUAACUUGAUAACGGUUGGCCGUGUACCGCUUUGCCAGCAAUUGACUGACCUUUGGAGAGGUGGGGGGGGCAUCCAUCCUCACGAUAAAUCUGCGUAUUCGCCACAAAGUAAAUAAGACGCGCUUCAACCAAUCACAAUGCUCUACGAGUCGUGAGCUGGAAGGUUGCCAACUGGCGGGAUAGGCCGGUCCUUCAUGAAACUGACGACCAUGCCGCAGGGUACCUACUUAAUGCAGCCUGUAUGACAUUCUUUUCUACGUAAGAUUCGAGUCACCACUACUGUGGCCCCGAUCGAGAGGAAGCUCGUGUGUGGUACGCGUAGACGGGAUAAUUAGCCCUAUCAGACACUGCGUCCCGGAUCAUUUCCAGUACUCCCGAACUUGCCUUAUCGUCAGAACAAGGUGGAUGGGGAAGGAGGGGUGAGGUACAUGCGUGACUGAUCUCAUGAAAUGUUGGCCAAAAUUCUGGAAUGCGUCUCCGAUUAGGAAGGAUCACUUAAGUGGGGUUGUUAUACUGAUUAUCAUGCAGCAUAUUCAUAUAACAUUUCGGACUCGCCAGGAUGUCUGCUUUUGAAUGCUAUUAUUUUUGGCCUCCUGCAGUAACCACACUCGGUGAUGUAUACUACUUAAGUGGCAUGCAUUUUUACUAUUCAUUUUCGAUGGUAUUAUGCAUUGAAAUGUAUUUUACGGAAAACAUGCACAAUAAAUGUCCUUUCUUUUGCUCAUUUGGUAGGAAAUCACAUUGUCUUCAUAUUUUAUGCCCGAAGAAAGUGUGUAUUUAGGUUUUAAAAAAGUUUCCCAAUUCCCGAAUAAUUUUCAUCCUGAUCUGCCAUUGCAUCAGCGUUUAGCAAUUUCAGUCUACAAGGCAAAUGCAUUCCGCAUAAGGAAAAUCAUAUAUUUCUCUAUGCCUUUAAGAAGAUACCACAUAGAGUUCAUUAAAUUUUACAAUGGACCCGGACUGUGUUGUGCAUUUCAUGAGGAGCAUUGGUAAACGGACAUGUGCGGUCUUACAUGCAUUGACAUCGCACGGUCUUAAAAAUCACAUAAUUAGAAACUUUUAUAAAACCAAAAUAUUCACUUUCUUCGGGCAUAAAAUAUGAAGACAAUGUGAUUUCCUACCAAAUGAACAAAAGAAAGCAUAGUUGUGUGCAUGGUGUCUGGAAAAUAUAUUAAAAUUUAUAAAACUAUCGAACAUCAAUAGGAAAAAUGCAUGCUACUUAAGUAAUCAUUUUUUACCGAGUGUGCUUACUGCAGAAGGCCAAAAAGAAGUGCUUUCAAAAGCCGACAUCCUGUCGAGUUCAAAGUGUUAUAUGGUUAUUCUGCAUGGUAAUCAGUAGAACGACCUCACUUACGUAAUCCUUUUCAAUUGGAAACGCAUUUCAGAAUUUUGGCCAACAUUUCAUGAGAUCGGUCACGCACUGUAGUUGCAUCGAAAGUCUGUCUUACUAGGAAGAAAUUCGUACGAAAUUCUUAAUUAGCCCUCACUCAGCUGACAUGAAGUGGCGUCGUUCGACUAUCAGCUGGCCUGGUAUUCAGUCUCCGGAUGGGAUUUUACCGACUGGAGACUGCAUAUAAGGCCGCAAAUGCCGUUUCAAUGUGAACUGUAUGUACAUCUUCUCGAUCCACAUACGAACGCUCCUGUGCAAUAUAGACACCCUAGCGCCAUGCAAAUAUUGUGUGGUCAGUCUUGCUCAGUCUCUUCUGUCCUAUUAAAUAUACUAAAGUGUCCUUCAUUAACAUUUUAAAGAUGACGCAUCAAGAGUUAUCCUCGGACAGCCAUGGUCUCAGUACAAUCUUCGCCUCGCCGCCAAUUCUGACAUGGUAAGUGAGCAAUAGUUUUAGCCACCAAUGCCCAUUCCGUCUCCUUUGUGUCUGUUGGCAAUUUUAUUCUGCAUAUAGAUGUAUGCAGAUUACCGUCGACUCAUCAUACUCCCAUUGUGGGUCAGAACCCCUGCAAUACGGGAAGGAUGUUUAGAUCAGCUUUAUCAGUAGGGCAGAUAGUCGCAGGUAGUAACGGAAUCUGAGAAAGACAUUAAGAAAACUCGCAUUUCUGCCAUAUCUUUGAUUUAUGACUUUCAAGAAGAGGCUGGAACAGACCGCGAAAUUUGGAAGAUGCUAACUGGGGCGUGUAAACGGCCGGAAAACAGGUAAUUUGGAGGUGUUGGCGAAAAAAGACUGGACUGGGUAUGACCGUAUGGGACGGGCCAACUUAGUAUUAGCCAUAACAUUAACCCCGAGCCUAACCGUUUCCGUGAUCCUAAUCUUGAACACAACCCUAACAUUAGACCUAACUUUAAUCCAAAUUUGAUAAUUUUCUUAAAAUUAGUCAGAAACGCAACCCUAUAUAUGGCAUGUCUACAAAAAUCAAGUGGUUAGGAAUGCUAUAAUAAUAAAAAGGUAGACUUACAUAUUCAGUCGUUACCCUUGUAGGUUCUAGGAUACAAAAUUGUGAGUUCUGGUUUAUCCACUAGCCUAUUACGGCGCGCACACGUUUGACGCAUGCACUUUAAAUUAAUUUUCGCUGCGCCUUUCGUUUUCGCCAUACCUUUUGCGAUUUCGUUUGCUCGGCUAAGGCUGUUUCACGUUGGCAUAUGCUCUUUCCAGCAAAACUCACCAAAGAGCAACAAAAGCCCCUCUCCUUCGCUGUCAAGGUGAGCAUAGAAAGUUAAGUCAGUUCAUGUGCGGUGAUUGGCUGCUCUUAGAGCGGAAAUGUUUCUCGCCAUCCGUACGCGGAUGUUAGGUCAGGUGAGUACUUUAAAUGCGCAUUAAAAUAUCACACAAGGGACCGCGUUUUCCCGUGUGCUCAAUGCAAAGCCAUCGCAGGCAGUUGCGUAGCAACAGUUGUGUGUGUAGGAGGCUGGUAUGACGAUUUCCGACCUAUCAGUCAUCAUUAGCCAUCCCCGGGUCCAAGUGACCUGAUGCUGGAGCCCAAGUUCUAUAGUCAUGGCCCUAACAGUUCCUCAUCUUUUCAAAGUGUGCAUUUCUUUGUACUUUCUGCCUCCGGAGUUGAGCUGUCAGAUGUCCCAACCUUAGUAUUCCAUCACUCAUUCCUUACAGCACUCUGUUGCCGGCAACUACAUAAACGCAAGUUACAUUGGAAGCUGUUCCGCGGCAACCGAUGGACGCACCAUUAAGGUUGAGUCUUUAGCGAAGCCGGAAUUCAUCGUCACGCAGGAUCCCCUUGCAAAUACUAUUGGGGACUUUUGGCAAAUGAUUUACGAACAGCAGACGCCACUCAUUGUCAUGCUUUCAGGGUAAGUCUGCUUCACCCAAUCUCUGAAUUGUUGACUAACGUAAGCACAACUUACUGUUGACAACUGGUCCCAUAAAAUUUUAGCCAACACUGUGAAGUGUGUUUUCGAUUGGGAAGCAUAGCUUUUAUGCGGUCAUACUGUUGAUUACAGUAAUCCUAGCUGAGAGUGCAUUUCAUGUGACUGGUCACUGACUGUACUGAAUACAUGUACGCACUUAUAUAGGCAUGCAUGUGUGUAAUCACUUGCCCUUGGCAUUUCUUUAGCUCCUUGGCCAAUGGCAAUAACGAAAGUAUUUAUUACUGGCCAAAGGCUGUAAAUGGGGUUCAGGUCUUCAGUUCACAACAAAUGGACAUGUGUGUACAACUGUUGAGUGAACGCAUGAGCACCGGCUGGCUUGAGAUGAACUUCCGCGUUUGGCCGACCGGUAAGGAGAAUCUAGUAAGUUAUUUUUUCCAUCCUUUUCCCGUGGUUUUUUGCCUCCCAAGAACCACUCCCGCAGGGUUUCGUAGCCAUCAGAUUAGUAUAACUUUUGUGAAGUAAGGCAACGCUAAACCGGGAGUGCAAAUGGUCGAUUGCGAUCGCUAUUUUGAUGAUAUCUUUGCAAUUGCCGCUGCAGAAACCGACCUAGCUACCCUCUUAGAGGCGGUAAAUCAGGCACAUCAGUCGAUAAAAUUCCCGCUGGAGAUCGAAACGGCCGGUUCGCUCCCUUUCUUAGAUGUUCUUCUAAGCAGGAGACCUGACGGGAGUGUCCGAAGAAGCGUCUAUCAGAAGCAAACCUGGUCUGGACAAUUUAUGAACUUCGCCAGCUUCGUAUCCUUACAACAAAAACGAAAUCCAGUCCGAUGUUUGGCACAAAGAGCUAGAAUAAAUUUGCUCAACAGUUAGCAUCGAGGAGGAUUUCAGAAAAAUCCAGGACUUCUUUCGCGAAAACGGGUAUCCUGGCAGGUUUAUUGCAAAGAACAUUGCCGAACGACCGAUCAAACCCGCCACAACCACCGCCGAAAAGAAAACUUUGUUUCUCAAAGUCCCUUUCCAAGGGGACGUUGCGAGUGAACUCCUAAGAAGACGCCUUGAUCAAGCUGUCUCGGGAACCUUCCCAGCAGCAAUGGUUCAAAUAUCCUUCUCUAUCAACCCUAUUUUACGCGGAGAAGGUAAGGAUAAGUUGCCACUGCAGACCACCUCAAUGUGCAUAUAUUCCUCCACUUGCUCCUGUGACACGAGUUAUAUUGGUCGCAUGAGUUGGUGCUUAUCCAAGAGAGUGCGGGAACACCUCCCGGCAUGGCUGGGGAAAGGUGGAACGAGGAGUAUAAGCAGCGCCAUUCUCGCGCAUGUUGUCGAUUCCGGACAUCGUGUGGACCCCAACGAAGCUUUUCUUGUGAUUUAUAAGGUCCCAUCGAGCCACCCUAAGCUACUAGGUCAGCGCCUGUUAGCGACAGCGGAAGCGGCCGCCAUAAGGUUACGAAAGCCAAUUUUAUGCGCACAGAAGAACCACGUUCAGGCGCCGCGCCUAUAGUGGUCGAAGGUCGACUAACGCUGCAACUCUCCGCGCCCUUCCGCGCUCACCACGCACUUGAAAAUGACUGCUGUUACCCACCCCACCCCACCCCACAUUCUCACACCACGCCCGUGUUUUAAGUAGCACUUUUAUCGAUUUUUCUUAUCGCUGACGUGUUUUUCUUCUACCCCGAUCCCAUUUAUCUAUACUGGACCGACGAUAAUUUAUCGAAAGUUACGUCUGCUCGCCACCUGGUGUUCCAAAUGAAAAUUGUACGAAGGUUUUAACGCAAGAUGUUCAUUUGUCUGACAUUUUUACUUUCCAGGCAGAUAGAUGUGACAAUGAUAUAAGCACGACCUGUAGGGAGACGAAUUUGUCCGUUAGAUUAGCUGUUUUGUCUACAGACGGUGGAUUAGCACCGGCAGUGUUGUAAAAACGCCGAGGGUUGGGGUUUGACAAGUUGAAAAGGUUAAAAAAAAAUGACGCAGCGACUGCUGAUGGCACUGUGGCAUGAUGACAGAGUAAGGCCAGUAGUAAUGGAUAUUUAUGAAUUCUCUUCCGCUGUCAGGUUCUGCAAUCAGUGCGCUAGAGGAGACAGUCUUUAGCAGCCCCUCCGAGUACACUAAACCCCUCCCCCUCUCCCCAAGAAACAUCGUGAAAAUGCCUAUUCCAGUAUCACAAUCUGUGCUACAGCGACCGCAGGAACUGAAGAAUUUGGUGUUCUGGUCCAGCGAUGCGAGCGAACAAUAUGUGAACUGGACUUCACAAUCAAGUGUGUACUGUUGGUACUAAUUACUCAAGUGAGCGAACACAUUUCAACCCUGCUUCCCAAAGGUUGACGGUUCGCAGUCUCCAUUAGUCCAACGUGGAUGCCUGCUGCCGGACUGGAGUUCCAGUCUCCGUUUCGGGUUCUCGGGAGUCCAAGAUCCCGAGUUCAAGUGAUGGCGGACACAGUGUGACGAUAGUCGUCCCGCGAAUCAUACAUUGCUUGCGCGGGAUCCAGUCAAUGACCGGUUGGUCUGCAUACGAUUGAAGGGGAAAUAGCUUGAAUAUCUCUCGUAUAAGUAAAGAAGAAGAGGUUAGCACCGGAACACAUUGUUUAUUGUCCUGAGUUUUCAGACUCGUACAGGAGUCCAUCGUCAGAGGUAGUAGCAGCAAUAGAACAAGCGACAGUUAUAGGGCAAUCAUCGACCGACGGCGCAAGACUGGAGGUGACUGCGCAGGGAUCUGUACGUCGGCGCCAGAUAGAUAAAUCGAUUGACCGAAUUCCCAUCCGAGGCCCAGGCUUCAGUCAGUUCUUGGCCUGUUUUGUUUCCGGCUUGGGCGACUAUUUUGGUGGCUGCGAAGUUAAACUCGUUGCCCAUUUCGUAGGUGUGGGCGGCCACUUGUGAUAAUGUGUCGCCUCGUCGCACAGCCAGCUCAUGUUCAUGUAUGCACGAUCCGAGCAUGCGUCCAGUCUGUCCUGUGUAGUUAGAAGGACAAUUUUGACACGGAAUGUGAUACACUACUCCAGAUUGCUCUUCAGGCUUUAACCGGUCUUUAAUUUUCAUGACCCUGUUGUGCAUGGUGGCUUUAGGGCGGUGUGCAAUUCCAACACCUAUCUGCGCAGCAAUGCGCUCGGUCGCUUCUGAAACACCCUUGAUGUAUGGCAGAGAAUGCCAUAUCGUCGGUGGCGUUGAUGUUUGAGUUCUCUGGUGGAGACCGCGUAGGCAGCGACUUAUGAAUGCCCUCGGAUAGCCAUUUUGCACAAGCUGGUCGCGGAGAUAACGGACCUCACGCGCUCUAUCUUCCAGUUUGCUGCAAUGAGUUUGGAUCCGUUUGAAGAGCGUCUUCACACAGCUUCGUUUGUGAGCCACCGUCUGGUUACUGUGAAAACUGAGAAGCUGCGUCCUCUUCGUUGCCUUCCUAUAAACCGUCGUUUCAAGUUUCACCGUUUUCUCGUAUCCAUCGGCACAUCAAAACCGGCUGUCGACAAACCGCCAAAUCGGCCGACUAUUUCAGGGAACUAGAGUGGUCAGACUGGAUCAGUCAUCUUAAGGGAGUUAAGCUUCUUCCGGCCAGGAACGAGCGUAUAUCGCUAGCACAUGCGUCGAGCAUUGCCGCAGUCGUCUGUCAAUCAGACACGCUGAAGAUGGUCAUACGGUUGGCUGCAUUCUGUCCGGCGCAAACGGGUGACGGCGCAGGCUAAAUGCAGGGCCACGUGUCGCCCUUCUAGGUCAAAAGGCCUGACAGCGUGUGCUUUACCAGUGUCAGAAGGCCAUGGUCCUCGCAGCCUGGAAUGCGCUGGUUAUCCGGCUGGUCAUCCUCGUCCUUCUGAAUCCUUUGGGGGGUGUUGUUGUUGUUGUUGCUGCUGGUGAAAAAUUCGGGGCAAGUGUAUGUUGUGGACCAGGGAGUGGGCUGGCACGCCUAGGUGAGGGUCCGACCGUGCCAGCCGCCAGCGCCUUCCCCGCCUCUGGUCUUCUUGACUCUGUCUUGACACCGAGUCCAGGUGGGGAGUGGGUAGGAGAGAGUGCGGUAGGGGCUGCGCAAGUCUAUUAUCACUUUAAACCAACUGACGCGCAAAUCACCCUGUUUGCUUCAUCUUUCAGUGGAACACACGGUGGACGUCGUCAGUAGUGACGGUCGAACUGUGGUUCAGCGCAUGGUUUCCUUUUCAGACAGAAGGUGGGCAUGGCUUCCCAGUCACCCCCGUCGCUCUGAUCCCUGUUGGGGUGUUGUUGUUCGCGAAAAAUCCUGGUCAUUUGCUGUGCAGUUUAGGGCCUGUGGUGGCACGCCAAGGGGCGGCUCCGGCCGCGCCGGCCACCUGCGCACUUCCUCCACCUCCAGGAUUCUUGUCUGUGUCUUUACACCGGGUUCAGGCGGGGAGUGGGGAAGAGAGAGUGCGGUAGAUGCUGCGCAAGUCUACAUUCACGCACAAGUCACCCAGUCUGCUUCAUUUUUCAGUGGAGCACACGGUGGACAUCGUCGCCAGCAACGGUCGAACUGUGGUUCGGCGCAAGGCUUCCUUUUCAGACUCUUAAGAGAAUACCGAUAGGUGAUGCUUAUAUUGGCGGGGCCUGUGUGUCCGACCAUGCUUUUAUUCGUAAAUGCGUGAAUGUCCAACUCGCAUUCGCGUUUAGAUUAUCAAGUGCAAGGCGCCUUUAUGUCAAAAAACUGCGACAAUCCCACACAGUCGCGGCUCUCAGCGCUGACCAUCAGCCUUAGCUUCCGAUCUUUGUAGUCCUCAGAUAGCUAGGCAAAUGGACGAAGAUGAGAGAUCCUAUAUCUGUCUGCUCAAACUGUUCGAACUAUGUCCAGCAAAGAGGAUUACUUCCGCCAAAUCCGGAUCAUGACAAAACAGUGGAAUAGAGGUGAUCGAAGAUGCUAUUGGGCUUCUUUAACGACCUCCAUAAGAUAGGCCACAAACCUCGGUGAAACUCGCGUUCCUAAGUUUGUGGUAGGCCUUCUGCUCCGAGUGGUUCCCCUGACGGUGUGCAUGGUGAUUCUGCUGCUAACAACUUGGUCAAGGUGGAAUGAUACGAGGGCACUUCGAACACCUUCUCGCCCUCGAUGAACAACUAGUCACCGUCUUCCGGUACUCUGAGGUAGAAGGUUAAUUGGAAAUGGGACGUGGACUGAGUACGAUAAACAGCCCAAGUGAGGAGGCUUGUGGAAACGGCUGGGUAUAUGGCACGGGGACUCUCAUAGGCUGAUGGGUGGCCAAUCAGCAUAAAGAAGGUAUGAACAGGGGUGAUGACCUUGAUCGUUCGCUUGUCACGCGUUGAAGGCAUAAUGUCCUGACGGCCCCGGCAGGAUACGCUGCACUCCCCAACCUAGGAAGCAUCGUGGGACUCCCCUCUAGAAGACAUGUUUGAUACAAUACAGAGACUGUUAAACCACAGGAGACCUCGAGGGGACGACAUCCUCGCCAAGGGGGAUAGAGCCCGUUCCGACACUCCCAUGCCUGGUUCCGUGAGGCAGUCGUAAUAAGCGAACCCGGUCAUUUUUUGUGUCUGUCCCCAGGUUAACAGCUAAGGCACGCAGGCCUCAUUGACAGGGCAAUUUCCGGUCCGUUUAGUCGUGUGCAUGAGUCGGGUAUGAGACUCAAUUAGACCGUGUUCCAGUCUGGCGGUGAAUGCCCACACUGCGGCGUGUACUUGAAUUCGGCCAUGGUUGUCAGCAGCUGAAUAUUACUCAUUUGCCCGACUUCGAUGGUAAAUUUCUCUCCUGUAGCUGGACGGUACGGCGCGAAAGCCCUCGUUGUAAUUACGGCUUUCCCUCACUCCACUACUGCUCAAGAUCUAGUCCUUGACAAUCUCUCCAAAUCAUUCGAUGUUUGGUCAGGCAUUCUGAAUUAUCGCAUUUUUUGGCAAUGCAAAUAAUGUACAUCUUUCAUUUAAUUCCUGACUGAGUAGUACAUGGAUUUGAUGGUACUAACUUCCCACCCGAAAGCCGGUUGUCUGACCCCCAUUAAGUUGACUACAUCCUCCCGCCACCUGAAGUUACGAAGACCUACAGUAGGUAGCCUCAGGCGUUUUCGAGGUGCAGUUCCAACUGGGAAAAUAUUCUCCUUCCAGAAUUGAUGGUUGUUAGCUUUCAGGACAUAGUAAAACUCUAUUCAGUCCUCUAGUAGGGCUGUAAAUACUGGGUGGUGCUGGUAUCGCAGACCAUCUAACAGAGAUCAGCGGGGUGGCUUCGAGCCACUUUUUGUCGCUCUUCUCACGGGUUCAUUGUCGUGCUUGUUUGCCUGGCGCUACUGCCUGGAUUACCAGGAUCCGUCAAGACAUGAAGGUGUCGUAGGAACCCAUGACAUUUGGUCUUCGUCGCCAAAGGGCCGGGCAUGUCGAGCUAUUCAGGUCCACCUUUUCAGAGGUGCAAGUAACGACACCAGAUUUGAACAUGGCCGUAUCAAGUAUACAGUAGGUAGGCUAACUCAUGAAAUGUCAACUGAAAUUCCGAAAUGCGUUUUCGUUUCGAAAAGAUUAAUUAAGAAACGUUGUAAAACUAAUCAGUCAGCAACAUAAAUCUAUAAUAUUUCAGUUACCUCAGGGUGUCCGCUUUCGAAUGAACUUCCUUCCGACUGCAUGCAAAUCUACACUUAGUAAAAAAUGACUGCUUACGUAGCAAUAAUUUUUCUCAUUGAUUUUCGAUGGCCCUAAAAGUCGAAUUAUAUUUCAUGGAAAACACAUAAAAAUAUUCAUUCCUUCUCUUCUAAUCUUAUACUCGAAGGAAGGGUAUUAUUUGGUUUCCAAAAACUUUUCCAAUUCCCGAAUAAUUUCGAACCCGCUCUACCGUUACACUUAGAUUCAGGGUUUCCAAACUACAAGCCACACAUUUCUCUACGGUAAUAAAAGGGGACUAUAAAGGAUUCAUAAAAUUUAGCAGGGGAUUUGAUCCAUAUUGUUAACUUUACAAGCCACACUGGUAAAUGCAGAGAUAUGAAGAUUUAUGAACGCACAUUUCAUGGUAUUUAGAAGUCCUAUAAUUAUAAACUUUUUAAAAACCGAAUUAUUUCCCUCCUUCGAGCACAAAAUUAGAAGAAGACGUAAUUAGCUACCAAUAAGCAAAAGAAUGAAUAUUUUCAUGCAUGCUUUCCAUGAAAUAUAAUUGAACAUUUAGGGUCCAUGAAGAUCAAUGAGAAAAAUUUAUACUACUUAAGUUGUCAUUUUUUACAGAGUGUAGUCUUUGCUUGCAGGCGGAAGGAAGUCCCUUCGAAAGCCGGCAUCCUGAGGUAACUGAAAUAUUAUAGAAUUAUGCUGCAGGCUGACUGGUUUUACAGUCCCACUUAAUUAAUCUUUUCGAAACGAAAACGCCUUUCGGAAUUUUAGUUGAAAUUUCAUGAGUUAGCCCACCUACUGUAACUGUAACCUUGUUGCUUCCAGGGCCUAAGUUGAUUAGAUCGCCAACCUUACCUUAUGUUCCAACAAACCGGAGAGAGUGUUAUUACCGACAAAUACAAGGGAGGCUGGAAUAGCCAUUUCUGUCUUAUUAGUCGUCGUCAGUCAGUCAUACCCAACCCCGAAGAGUGGAACACCUGAGGCUCGAACUCGCGACCUGUUAGUUAGAAGUCCACGCCUCUAACCACUUGGCCACGGGCCCGUUGCCCUGUCGGUAAUAACAUACUGCCUAUAUCAUGCGCCGCUGUGCGGCUGCUGGUUGGGCUUGAGAGAGAGAGCCAGCAUGGCACAACGGAACGAGUGAUUUCCCUAAGAACGAUCGGUGAGCGGGGGAGAGUUCUUUUUUCUGACUUGGGAAUACGUUUCGUUCAUUAAAAUCAUCAGCGCCAACAAUCCGAACUCACUGUUGACAUGGGGAUUUUCGGCGUGGGCAUGUGACUGGAAUAUUCACUUCAACGACUGACUGACACAGAGGUCCGCUCUGCCCAGUGCUGAAUUCUAAGUGUCAGAACUGCACUUCAAGCCUUCUGCACGGAAUAAAGCUCCCACUCUCUUCUCAAUGUCUCGCUUCUACCCCUCAUAAGUGGGACAUAGUUAUGAGGUGUGACACAGCUAAAAGACACGCCUUAUUUGUCGAGUUUUCACACUCCUGAUGACGUUGGUCUCACCAGCAAGACACGCUCUAGUCACCUUGUCUGCUUACUGGGCGCGUAAAAAAUCUGGUAACCCUUUUGUUUUAAUUCUUCGCCAUUUUAGGUUCUAAAACCAGACCAUGAUGCUUCCGCCUAGUCUUUUGAGUGUCAAUUUUGCAUACCCAGUUUUAAGCUCUUUUAUCAAAUAUAUUCCAUCUAAAUUGGGUUAGCUCUGAUUAGAAGACGGAGAAAACAAGUCCCCUUCGUCCUGAGAACUUCAACCAAAGCUAUCUGCCUCUGCCGGAUGAAGAUAAAUAAUUCAGAAAAGACUCCUUCGUAUCGCUUAUCGCUGUUGGCAGACGUUUGCAUUGCCGCUGCCUAUGCGGUUAACUUAUGCAUUUUGAACUUUUGCGUUAUAGUUACUGGGGUUAACCGCCCAAAUACGUCUAUCGAAUAACCGUUCUCGACACUAACGUCGAGAUUUUGGAUAUUCGAGAGCAUAAAAGACCCGAAAUGUCUCACGCAGUUAGGUUGAGUUUUAACUUUUGACGGUAUUGACCGGCAUGUGCUUGAAGCGUCUGUUGACGCAAUUAGGCCUGGAAUAAUUUCGCAGCAUGACUAAAAGGCACAGAGUGUCACAUGAGAGUGUCGUUUCGCUAAUGUGCAUGGUACCUCCACCAUCACGGCAUCACGACAUGAUGAAGUUCAGUCGUUCUACUGGUGGUCUUUGCCUUGCGGAUUUCGACCCCAAAUGAAACCAGGGUCCUUGUUGUUACAGGGGAUGUGCUAACUCAUGAAAUGUCAACCAAAAUUUCGAAAUGCGUUCUCGUUUCGAAAAGAUUAAUUAAGUAGUGUUGCAACACUAAUCAUGAAGCAGCAUAAAUCUAUAAUGAUCCAGUUACCUCAGGGUGUCGGCUUUCGAAAGAACUUAUUUUCGGCUGCAUGCAAGAUCUAUACUCUGCAAAAAAUGACUACUUAACCAGCAUGCAGUUUUCUCGUUGAUUUUCGAUGCCCUUAAAAAUUCAAUUAUAUUUCAUGGAAAACAUGCAUAAAAAUAUUCAUUCUUUUGCUCAUUUGGUAGACAAGUACGUCUUCUUCCAAUUUCAUACUCAAAAAAGAGUAUAAUUCGGUGUUAAAAAGUUUCUAAUUGGGAGAUUUUGUAAUGCCGUGAAGUGGCCGUUCACAAAACGUCAUGUAUCCGCAUUUUCGAAUGUGGCUUGUAAAACUAACGAUAUUGCUGAAAUUCAAUGUUUAAUUUCAUGAACUCCAAAUGGUCUCCUUUUAACACUGUAGAGAAAUGAAUGGUUUUCCGUACACAGAAAAUAUACGGCAUGUAGUUUUGAAGCCCUGAAUGAAGUGUAUCAACAGGUCGGGUUCAAAAUUAUUCGGGAAUUAGAAAAGUUUUUUAAAACCGAAUUAUACUCUUCUUUUGAGUAUGACGUUGGAAGAAGACAUGAUUUUCUACAGAAUAAGUAAAAUAAUGAAUAUUUUUAUGCAUGUUUUCCAUGAAAUAUAAUUGAUUUUUCAAGGACAUCGACCGUCAAUGAGAAUAUUGCAUGCUAAUUAAGCAGUCAUUUUUUGCAAAAUAUAGAUCUUGCAUGCAGCCGAAAAUAAGUUCUUUCGAAAGCCGACACCCUGAGGUAACUGGAUCAUUAUAGAUUUAUGCUGCAUCAUGAUUAAUUUUACAACACUACUUAAUUUAUCUUUUCGAAACGAGAACGCAUUUCGGAAUUUUGGUUGACAUUUCAUGAGUUAGCACAUCUACUGAAUGUGUGCAAAACAGACGGUUAGUUCUGGACAGGACGGGUACUUGGUACGGGAGACAACAUGAGUGGGAGCCUUGUAGAAACGGAUGGGUAUAUAGGAGGGGGGCAGGGGGAUGUCAUAGGCUGAAGGGUGGCCAAUCAGCACUAAGGCUGUCUGAACGGGAGUACAUGACCUUGGUGUCUAGACAGACCGAUCCUCAUUCUCUUCACUUGUCUUGACAAGUGCAUUUUGCUGACUUCAAUUCUGAUUUCUAGACAACUAAAACAUGACUGGAAGACGAAGAUGCGAUCACUGGAACAGGAAAUUUAUUUAUCUGACAGCUCGGAUUCUCACUUGAACCCAUCCGCAACUGUCUCUGACGAUGGGUUCGAGUGAGGCUCCGAAAUCUGAGGCCAAUACAGUUCUUGUUCCAGUAAUCACAUCUUCAUCAUCUGAACUGUUUCCUGGGACUCGCCUGUUCGCUUCUAUGAAACAUGACUCCUGGUCUAACAGUUGUACCAUUUAACAGGUUUGAGUCUAGACGUCUCUCCUUUGUCCUCCUACAGCCCUUAACGGUACGUCGACUGCAGUUUAUCAACUGGCCAAAGGGUGAAGAGCCCGAUGAGAUGCAACUUGCUAAAUUCAUCGAAGAAUGCUACAAUCCUAAGUUGCCCGUUUCCAAAGACGCCGGACCUAGGGUUAUUCAUUGCAGGUAGGUACCAUCUUCUCUCUGUCUUUCUUAUUAUUGUUAUUGCGGGGUACUAAAAAGCGAACGAGUCUCUGGUGGGCCAAAACGUCUUUGCCUAUCUGAGCAGUACUUUUUGGCGUUUUGAUGUCCAUUUUCUGCUUAAAAACCUUUUUUCUUUCGGCUAACAUAGCGUCCCAGUGAGGCCUGUUUCAGGAUUUAACCUGUCACGAUACCUCGAAUCCAAGAUCAUUGUUGAUUGUCUUUGUCUCCAGACUAAUGUCGAUCGUCUCCUUGAACAUCUAAUUAGGUCGUCUGUGGACGGUAAAUGACUCUAGAUUCUAGAUCCUGGUUCCGUUACUUCUCCUGAAAAAAUCUUAAUCAGUCCGCUCUAAGCAGUACUGGUGUUCCACAGGAUUUCCGACAGUUUGGUGGCGAGGAAGAUUUUGUUCUUCUCGACUUAUUACAUAUUCAAAGCGUAGUCGGACUUUACCCGGACACCGGAUGUUUCGGCCACCAUUAUCGACGAUGAGACAGGCCCAGUAAAGGUUCAGGUUGCGAUGAUGGCACGAAGUCGAAAAGGUUGAAAUUAGAAUCCAGGAUUUCAUAUGUCCAUUGAAAAGACCGCCUGCCGCACCCUUCGCAGUCCCGCACUGCAAAGGCAUUUUCCGUAAACGAAUAUGUUACUGGCAAAAUUUUAGUAGGCUGAGCAUUUAACAUCUACAUUGUAUGUACCGUUUUGAAUAGGGUCAUCAAGGGCAUUGCCUAUUACCCUAAAAUACACCACUACUUACAGAAUCAGGUGCAGUGCAGUGGCUGACGAAUUAAACAUCUCCUCUACGUGUGCCACAACCAACCCGGUUCCCACCCUGUAUGCACUAGGCUGCGUUCCAGGCCAUUCCGUGUACUGCAUGGUUGAGAAUGUCGAGAAAGCCACAUUAAAAAGGGAGCCAUUACAGCCCAGCGGUCAGUCACGGAAAGGGUCGUGUUGGCAGCCUCACAAGCAAGCGCCGUGAUAGCGAGGGGCGAGCUCACAUGGGGUGACGAUUAACGCCCACAGUGUCGGGCAUACUCUCCUGUUCCACACUCGUGAAAAAUCGACUGUCUGAGAAUAUCAAUCUAGGAUUGGAGGAGAGUUUCUUGUGAGCCAGGUGGUGUGGUGGCAGACCUGUAGGUGCGGGUUCAGUUUUGCCAUCCACCUGUGUCCACCUUCCGCCUCCAGUCUUCUUAAGUACGAGUGGGGAGUGGAGAGGAGGUAGUGCGGUAGAUGCUGCGCAAGUCCAUUGUAAUUAUAAGCUAAUUCACACACAAUCCACCGUCCCCGCUCUCACCUUGCUGUGGAACACACGGUUGACGUCGUCGACAACGACGGUCGAACUGUCGGGAUUGGGCGGACUGGACACCGCACACAGGCCGGAAGCAACCAUUAGGCGCCAAGUCAUGGAGCCGAAAGACCCACUGCCACGGCAGGAAACGUCUGGAGUCUGGUGGGGUUCCCCACAGAACAACUACGUCGGAGAAUCUGAGAGAUAAAUCCGUACGCGAAUUGUCGAGCACGCAGCAGCAGUGAGGCGGGGAGACGCUAGUUCUCAAGUGGCGACACAUUCGACAGGACCUGGCUAUAUUUUCAUAUUUCAAGAGGCCGAAAUCCUCGCAAGGGGUGACAACCGCGUGAGCCGCGAGCUGCUCGAGUCAUGGUUCUUAGGCCCGCCAUCCAUCAAGAAGCGCAAUGACCUCUCGUCACCAUAUUCCGUGCUGAUAUUUUCUCUGGGUAGUGAAAUAAGUCACGUGGGGAGGGCGCGGACGAACCAUUAUCCCAGUGACAGUGAACCAAUUUUCCGAGCAAUCGUCACACCAGCAUCCAGCACGGAUGACGAAAUCGCGGCCAUUAACGACUGAGACUCGGACCGACAAGCCACCACCGCAUCAAUUACGACCCCAGCGGUGAUUGAGAGAGCUGUUAACUACAGUGCGCAUUUAGCCCCACGGCAGCCACGUGCUAUAAAUACUGCACUCCUGGUGCCACCGUCACCUUUAUCUGCGACUGUCUCUGAUGAUGGAUUCGAGUGAGAGUCCGAAACGUCAGGCCAAUAAAUUUAUUGUUCCAGUUAUCGCAUCUUUGUCUUCUGAAUUGGGCGGACUGACUACCGCGAAGUGAAGGCCCUCCCACACACGACCUGCCCACUUCGUGAACCAAGCCACACCAAAUGGCAUGCUCCUUACUUACCGCCAUUUCAACAAAUCCCUGUACGACCCAGUUCACCUUCAAAGCAAUCAACGUUAAAUGGUAAAUAUCAUGACUGCCCUCAUAAACUAUGAGGCGUAGUCAAUCAAAAUGCUUAGGUCGAUCACUGCUGCCAGCAUCCACAUUUGCCAGGGAGGGGUGAGAGGAAAAUUUAAGCUACCAAACGUUCUUAAAAAACGAGAAAAUAUUUUGGUCAGAUGUGGUUAUGUUACCCCACCUGAGAAAAACAAACCCUAGCCAUUUAUAAUACGGGACCGGUGGUUAUAGAGCUUUUUACAGGUGCGUCCGGAGAACGCACAAAAGACGAGGUCAAGCAAUUGUAUACAAAAGAAAAGCUACUUGGAAUAGGCGGUUAGACUUUGAGUGGUUCAGAAAUAGUUCCCCCUAACCCCCGUCCAUAAUCUCUAAUCCUAACCCAUAACCCCAACAAUAUUGUGUCCAUCAGGUGGGGCUUCAUAACCACAUCUUAGCCACUUUUUUUUAAAUAAACUCCCCAUAUUCUCCAUUUUCAGAGCCGGAGUCGGUCGUGCAGGCGUCUUCUUAGCCGCCACAAUUCUUAAACAGAAUUUAGACAUGGGCGCAAAAAGCAUCGAUAUCUAUGGAUGUGUCAAGCAACUACGAAAAUACCGGCGGAAACUUGUCCAUACAAGUGUAAGUAUGCAAGAUUUUUUGAAAACCACCCACGAGUUUUUCACAGCUGGAUCUACUGAACAUGUUGAGGAAUUUGAGUACUUGAGACAGGAAUUUGAGGUCAGCCUUGAGACUGUAAGGGGGAGCGUUCACUCGAAUACGACUGGCCUCUACAGCAUAUCUGCAUACAUCACAUUUCGUACUUACAACAAAGGUGCUAACUAAGAUUUCUGACACUGAUAAUUUCACUGCUGUAUGAAGCAACUACGAGAGUUUGGACGCCUAACUGGGUCUCCCAGAGACUCAGUAUGUCCCAUUGUAGUUAAAAUGUAGGUUUAUACGGUGACGAAAAAAUUAUGCUAAUUAUCUAGAGGAGCUCUUGUAGAUAAAAGCUCGGAAAGGACAAUUUAACGGUCAGCUCCGAAACUGCAGGGGUUGCUAUCAGCUUGUAUGAAGUAACUGUGAAAUGCCCAUUCUCCAAACAAGCAGAACUACUGAAAGACUGACGUUGAAUGUAUAUCUCACGUGUUUAAAGGGAUAGCCAUAAGAACGGCAAUGAGCAGUCGUCCGUCAGCCGGGUUAGCAAACUCGGAUUCCUUGGACAAGGCUUUCCCACUCAAAUUCCAGGUCACGCAAGUCUGAGGUUGAUUAGAGUUGAACGGUAUUCACCAAUGCGCGUCUACUUAUCUUCGUCUACUUCCCAUCCUCUUCUUCAUAAUUACUUCUCCUUUCUAUGUUUUUUUAGGUGGAGUACAUCUACCUACACAAAUUUGUCCUGGCAUAUUUAAAUAAAGAAAUGUCGAAAUGCCACUAUGAUUUCGCGCCUCCAUAA